GCGCCUGCGCGCGGGCGGCUGGAGCGCGGCCGCGACUGGGAGUCACGUGGCGCGCGGGCCAGUCGCCCCGCCCCGCCCCGCCCCUUUCCCGGCGAGACUCUCGGAGCCGUCCGACCUGCGCAGGGCGGCUGAGGGAGUCAUGCAUACCCCAUUUAUAUGGUAAAUAAGAGUCUUGGCAUAGAAGAGAAUUAAAGAAUGAUGGCUUCAUCCCAGCGCUCCAGCAGUCAUGACAAAGUAAGGAGAAUAGUUGCAGAAGAGGGUCGCACAGCAAGGAACCUGAUAGCGUGGAGUGUUCCACUGGAAAGCAGAGAUGAAGAUGGAAAAUCUAAAUAUCAGACGGGUGGAAAAUCAAAGAGGACAACUCAAGGCACUCAUAAAAAUUCUAAACAGAACACUGCACUAGACUGUAAAAUAACAUCAUCUACACCUGGAGAUAAACACUUUGAUAAAAGUCCCACUAAAACAAGACAGCCUCGGAAAAUUGAUCUAAGAGCUCGAUACUGGGCAUUUCUUUUUGACAAUCUUCGCCGGGCAGUAGACGAAAUCUAUGUAACUUGUGAAUCAGAUCAGAGUGUGGUGGAAUGUAAGGAGGUGUUAAUGAUGCUGGAUAACUAUGUAAGAGAUUUCAAAGCACUGAUUGACUGGAUUCAACUUCAGGAAAAGCUGGAGAAGACAGAUGCUCAAAGCAGACCAACUUCACUGGCAUGGGAAGUAAAGAAGAUGUCUCCAGGACGUCAUGUGAUUCCAAGUCCAUCAACAGAUAGAAUAAAUGUAACAUCAAAUGCUCGAAGAAGCUUAAAUUUUGGGGCCUCACCAGGCACAGUGGCUGCUCCCCGUUUGCCUCCCACCGGUGUCAGUUGGGCUGACAAGGUAAAGGCUCGUCAUACAGGUUCUACUGCUUCUUCGGAUGUAGCUCCCACCCAGUCUUGCCCACCGGUGGCAGUGCAGAAGACUUCCUGCAAAAAUGACUGGAAAGAUGCUGAAGGAUGGGAGACUGUUCAGAGAGGAAGACCUGUUCGUUCACGGUCAACAGCAGUGUUGCCAAAAGUUUCAGUAGCAACAGAAACAGUAAGGUCGAAGGAUGAUAGCAAUAAAGAAAAUGUACAUCUUUUACCUGACGAAAGCAUACGGAAAGGUGAAUUCGUUGGAGGCGGACCUUCUAAUACUGUACGAUCUCUACCCAAAGGCUCACCACACUCCUGUGACCGCCCUCUUGCUGAAAGAGCUCAGCUCACAGUGAGUACGCUGGAUGGUGUCAAGAACUCUGGGAGUAGUUUCUUCAAAGACAAUUCUGAGCAAACUUCUGAAAUACCUGCUGUUCACAUUGAUACAGAGUGUGUUUCGAUUACUCAGCAAGUUAACACACCUCCUUCGCAAACAAAUGAAGACAUGUUUUUAGCAGAGAAAGCAAGGAUAGAAAAUGAAAUGGACCCUUCAGAUAUUUCAAAUGUGAGUGCUGCUAACUUGUCCAUGGCAGAAGUUCUCGCUAAAAAAGAAGAGCUAGCAGAUCGUCUAGAAAAGGCCAACGAGGAGGCUAUUGCUAGUGCUAUUGCUGAAGAGGAACAAUUAACUAGAGAAAUUGAAGCUGAAGAAAACAAUGAUAUUAACAUCGAAACUGACAACGACAGUGAUUUUUCUGCCAGCAUGGGCAGUGGGAGUGUAUCUUUCUGUGGUAUGUCUAUGGACUGGAACGAUGUCCUUGCAGAUUAUGAAGCUCGUGAAUCUUGGCGCCAAAAUACAUCCUGGGGUGAUAUUGUAGAAGAGGAACCUGCUAGACCUCCAGGCCAUGGAAUUCACAUGCAUGAAAAACUUUCCUCACCGUCUCGUAAAAGAACAAUUGCAGAAUCUAAGAAGAAGCAUGAAGAAAAACAAAUGAAAGCACAGCAGCUAAGAGAAAAGUUACGUGAAGAGAAGACAUUAAAGCUUCAGAAAUUGUUAGAAAGGGAGAAAGAUGUCCGGAAGUGGAAGGAAGAACUACUGGAUCAGCGACGCCGGAUGAUGGAAGAGAAGCUGCUGCAUGCCGAGUUCAAGCGGGAGGUGCAGUUACAAGCGAUCGUCAAAAAGGCUCAAGAGGAGGAGGCUAAGGUAAAUGAAAUUGCUUUCAUAAAUACCCUUGAAGCCCAGAAUAAACGGCAUGAUGUUUUGUCAAAACUGAAGGAAUAUGAGCAGAGGCUUAAUGAGUUGCAAGAAGAGCGUCAGCGAAGACAGGAAGAGAAGCAAGCACGCGAUGAAGCUGUUCAGGAACGCAAGAGAGCUCUAGAGGCAGAAAGACAGGCCCGUGUAGAAGAAUUAUUAAUGAAGCGGAAAGAGCAAGAAGCCCGAAUUGAACAACAGAGGCAAGAAAAGGAGAAGGCCCGUGAGGAUGCGGCCCGGGAAAGAGCCAGAGAUAGAGAAGAACGAUUGGCAGCACUCACAGCUGCUCAACAAGAAGCAAUGGAAGAGCUACAGAAAAAAAUACAGCUGAAGCAUGAUGAAAGCAUUCGAAGGCACAUGGAACAGAUUGAACAAAGAAAAGAAAAAGCUGCUGAGUUAAGCAGUGGGCGACAUGCAAAUACUGAUUAUGCUCCCAAACUGACCCCUUAUGAAAGAAAGAAGCAGUGUUCUCUCUGCAAUGUCCUGAUCUCUUCAGAGGUGUAUCUUUUUAGCCACAUUAAAGGAAAAAAACACCAGCAAACUGUGAGAGAAAACAGCAGCAUCCAGGGGCGUGAACUUUCAGAUGAAGAAGUGGAGCAUCUGUCCUUAAAGAAGUACAUUACUGACAUUGUGGUUGAAAGUGUAGCUCCACCAGAGUCUUUGAAUGAUGGAGAAGAGCGGCAAAGAAGUAAAAAAAAAGCCAAAAAGAUAAAAGCUCGGAUGAAUUCCAGGGCCAAGGAAUAUGAGAGUUUGAUGGAAACAAAAAAUUCUGGCUCUGAGUCACCUUACAAAGCAAAGCAUGUGAUCACAGGCAGUGACACAGGCCAUCUGAUAUAUGAUAACUAUUCCUUGGCAGAGAAGAGAAAAGGUGACUUGUCAGAAAUAGGUUCACUUAAUGAGAUGCACUCGUACCCCUGGGUAGCUAACAGCUUGCAGAGCUUACAUAUGCACUGCGCCGGAGCUUGUGGACGUCGGCUGGGAGUUGGAAAACAUGAGCACAAGAGCAAACAAAAGCCAUUCGUAGAGUUUAGCCUCCUCUUGAACCGUUCCACAUUCACACUGUUCCACACUCCGUGUUUUGCUGCAGAAUAUCGUAGCCUGUGGAACAGCCCCUGCUGCUGUGCUCAGAGAAGAAUGACGAAACCAGUAUCCACAAACCUUUCGAGAACAAUGACACCUGUGAAUGUGGCAGAUCAGAUUGCAUUUCAAGUUGCUGGUGGAUUAACAGCCCUUGAACACAUUCUUCAAGUAGCGGCCCCAGGCGCAAAUGUGAACACAGUUUCACGAAUUCCUCCUAAGUCUCUCUGCAGUGCAGUCAGUGUUUACAGCCUCACCUGCAAUAACUGUUCAGAAAAUUGCACCGAUGUUCUGUUCAGUAACAAGAUUACCUUCUUAAUGGACCUCCUGGUACACGAGUUGACGGCUUAUGUUCCAGAUGAAAAUAAUGCUAUUUUAGGAAGAAAUACAAAUAAGCAAGUUUUUGAAGGCUUGACAACUGGGCUUCUCAAAGUCAGCACUGUGGUUUUAGGCUGCCUGAUUGCCAAUCGACCACGUGAAAACAGCCGGCCAGCUACACCAAAAAUACCGACACAGGGAAUGAAAACCAAACCCUCACAAAGUGACGCUUUUAACAGUCAAGUUCAGGACCUCAUCAGCUACAUGGUGAACAUAGGUCUGAUCGACAAGCUCUGUGGCUGCUUCCUCUCGGUGCAGGGCCCAGUGGACGACAAUCCCAAGAUGCCCACCUUUCUGCAGCACGCCGCAGGACUGUUACAUGGGAUGUGUGCCCUGUGCUUUGCUGUCACGGGAAGGUCAUGCAGCAUAUUCGACGGUAACCGCCAGGAUCCCACAGGGCUGACGGCUGCCCUUCAGGCCACAGACCUGGCCGGAGUCCUGCACAUGCUGUACUGUGUUCUCCUCCACGGCGCCAUCUCCGACCCCAGCACUGCCGGGCCCGAGGAGAGUUACACGCAGAACACGGUCCAAGUGGCCAUUCAGAGUUUACGUUUCUUCAACAGCUUUGCAGCUCUUGAUCUGCCUACUUUCCAGUCUGUUGUAGGGGCGGAGGGCUUGUCCCUGGCAUUCCGGCACAUUGCCAGCUCCCUGCUGGGCUACUGCAGCCAAGUCCCCUGCGAAAGCCUCCUUCAUGAGGUCGUCGUCUGUGUGGGCUACUUCACUGUCAGCCACCCAGAUAACCAGGUGAUCGUACAGUCCGGCCGCCACCCCACAGUGCUGCAGAAGCUGUGCCAGCUGCCCUUCCAGUAUUUCAGCGACCCGCAGCUGAUCAAAGUGCUGUUCCCUUCACUGAUCGCUGCUUGUUUCAACAGCCGCCAGAACAAGACCAUUCUGGAGCACGAGAUGAGCUGUGUUUUACUGGCCACGUUCAUUCAGGAUUUUGCACAGACUUCAAGUCAGGCAGAUAACCAGUCUUAUCAGCUGAAAGGAAAAUGCCUUGGUUUCCAAGACUAUCUGGAGCUGGCUAACAGAUUUCCUCAGCAAGCCUGGGAAGAAGCUCGGCUGUUUUUUUUGAAAAAAGAGAAAAAAUAAAUGUUUUGAUUGGUUCUGUAUUUGAGUACCCUCGUUAAUAUUUGUAAUUGUUCAAAGAAUGUGACUGUUCCUUAAGAAACUCAUUUGUACAUGUUUAUACUCUCCCCUGCACUGUAGAUACAGUAUGUAUGUUGCACUAUUUAUAAUGGCAGUAGAUACUUUACUGUUCUAAUUCUACGAGUUGAGUUUAUUGCAUUUAUGCACAAUAUUUUGGCGUUUGGUAACGUCCAUCCUAUAAUAAUAUAUACUCUGCAUUUGUAAUAUGAGUGAAAUUAGACAAAAUCAGCAAAUCUGUUUUGUACCUUAAUAAAAUAACUUAUCCUGUUUGCAA